AUGGAGGAGACCUUUGACUUUAUUCUCUUUUUCCUUCAACAUGUCUUGGUUGAAACAUUCCUUUCGGCCUCCAACACUAGGGCUCAAGGAUUUCUUGCGUAUGCUAUGCAAGGGUUGCUAAGAUUUUGCAGUCUCGACUCGGCCGUCACCCAACGCUCUCGUGAUGUCCAAGCGGAUGAAAAGUAUGGUCGUUGGCUGAGACUCCCCGAGACUGUUCGCAACACCCUCACGCCUUUUCUCACAUCGAAAUAUACCGUGACCGUUGGCGCCAUCGGUUCAGAUUGCAGAUACCCUUUAUUUUCGGCGAGUAUGACGCAUGGAGAUUGGCUGCGAGCUUUUGUGCAAGAUUUAUUACAGAAAGGAAGUGGUGACAAUGCACGGCUCAUAUUCAGCGUAUGCAGCCGUGUUGUCAAGGGCCAAGAUAUCUCGAUCGCGUCCUUCCUUCUACCGUUUGCAGUUUUGAAUCGCGUGGUUGGCGGAACUAUGCGAGAGCAGCAAGAUUUACUAAAUGAGCUCAUAAACGUGCUAUCUCACCCUCUUUCGGAUGCAAACAAUCUUGUUUCUGAAGCGGUGUUGCUAUCUAGUCAGAGUGUUUUUGAAGUACUUGAUUAUCUUUCAAGAUGGCUGCAAGGGAAAAAGAAGCAGAUCAAUGGCCUAAAAAACCAUGGACAUCAUGUCGGUCGCAUUCACAAGGGCACUUCCCGUGAUUUGCUUUUGGAGACUUAUUCGUCUCAACUAAAAUCAGUUGAAUCCUUGUUGGCAUCGAUGCCGCCAGAGAUCAUCUCCAAAAGAGCUGUUGAGUGCAAAUCUUUCUCGAGGGCACUCUUCCAUUGGGAACAAUACAUCCGCCAGUACAAAGCCUCUCCGAACAAGAAUCCUGGGGUUAACGAAGAACCUUUAUAUCAGCGCCUUCAGGAAAUUUACAGUCAGAUUGACGAGCCAGAUGGUAUCGAGGGUAUUUCUACUCAUCUGCAUGUACUCAACAUUGACCAGCAGGUUCUCGAACACCGGAAAGCGGGGAGAUGGGCUACGGCCCAAAACUGGUACGAGUUACAACUUGAGGAGGAGCCCGAUAAUAGCGAUGCUCAGUGGAACUUGCUCACGUGCCUUAAGGAAUCUGGGCAACAAGAAGCAAUUCUCACGAGGUUUGAAAUCCUAAAGUCAACACCCUCUGUUACCAAGUUACUUCCGUUUGCUGUUGAAGCGGCCUGGAUAACUGGGAAAUGGGACAAGCUACACGAUUAUCUUCAAAUUUCCCCGCAUCAGGGCACAGGGGAGUUUAAUAUCGGGAUUGGCUCGGCAUUCAAUGCCUUUCGCCAUGGAAACAGAGGGGAAUUUGAAACAAUCAUCAAUAACUUACGUCUCAAUGUCGCCAAGUCGUUGACUGCUAAUUCCGUGACAUCAUUGCAGUCGUGCCACGAUAACCUUCUCAAAUUACAUGCUUUGGCAGAAGUAGAGUCAAUAACGAAUCCCCAGACCGAACAGAGUGCUGUGCGCUCAGAAUUGUGCAGUGCUCUAGACCGCCGUCUGAACGCUUUGGGGGGGCAUAUCUCCGACAAACAGUACCUCCUUGGUCUAAGGAGGGCUGCAAUGGCGUUGACCGGCAAAUUCCCUGAUUUUAGCAUAGCUGCUGCUUGGCUUGCUAGCACACGCCUGUUGCGAAAGGGCAACUUUACCAAUCGAGCGUAUCAGUCCAUGCUUCAUGCAGCACGCCUAGGAGAUAAAACAGCUACUAUUGAACAUGCUCGAUUGCUCUGGAAAGAUGGUCAUCACCGAAAAGCAAUACAGACUCUGGAGAGCGCAAUAACUGCCAAUGAGUUUGCCCUUGACCGAUCCUGCCCCGCGGACCUUCAUUCGGCUCGGACUGCUUUAGAUCAGGAGAAGAGUCAUGAUUUACUCACAGCCAGAGCUCAUCUCUUGUUGGCUAAAUGGACGGACCGAGCUGGGCAGACGCAAUCAGACAUUAUAGUUCAGAGAUAUCGCGAAGCCAUUAAGCUCCAUCCAAGGUGGGAAAAGGCUCAUUAUUAUCUGGGUAAACAUUACAACAAGAUUCUGGAAUCUGAAAAAGCAAAGCCUCUUGGGAAAGAGGCGCAGAUCUAUUUGAGUGGUGAAGCCUCAAAGCUCGUCAUUGAUAAUUAUCUUCGUUCUCUGGCUCACGGGAACAAAUACGUCUUUCAAUCACUGCCCAGGAUCCUGACCCUUUGGCUAGAGCAUGCCUCCACUGCAGAUCAGCCAUUCGACCCCAAAAGAGGAAAUAACGAGGAAUUUCAAAUACACACCUUGAAUCAACGAAAAAAGAGCCUUGACGAUAUGCAUUCACAGCUGAAGAAGUACGUCAAUCGAAUGCCAGCUGCAUUGCUCUUCACCAUCCUCCCUCAAGUAGUGGCUCGAAUCUGCCAUCCAAAUGCUACGGUCUACGACUUGUUAACGAAAAUCGUGGCCAAAGCGGUGAACUUUUUCCCGCAUCAAGGACUCUGGACAGUACUUGCUGUUGUGAAGUCUUCGUCCAAAGACCGGGCAUCAAAAGGCAUUAACUGCUUACAAAAGAUCACGGAAGUGAACAAGAAGCUCAAAGCAGACUCGCCCUCUGAUAUGCGGGGCAUGAUCAACCAAGGACAAAAGUUCUCGGAAGAGAUGCUUAGACUAUGCAUAGUGCGGAUUGAGGAUAAAUCGUCCAGGAUCAACCUGGCACGGACUUUGGGCUUCAACCAUAAAGUGGCUCCCUGUCGACUAGUCGUGCCAUUUCAAGCAAUGUUGACCCCAACCUUACCUGCCAGCCAUGAUUCUGAGUAUUUGAAGGGGUUUAGAGCUUUCCCUAGAGACCCGACUACCAUUGAGACCGUCCUCAGCGAUGCGCAGGUCCUGAACUCCCUUCAAAAACCUCGAAAGAUCAGUAUUCGUGGGUCUGACGGGAAAAUUUACAACAUCCUGUGUAAACCAAAAGAUGAUCUCCGCAAAGACCAGCGCCUCAUGGAGUUCAACAACAUGAUAAAUAGGUUUCUCAAAAGAGAUGUUGAGUCGAGCAAGCGACGCAUGUACAUUAAAACUUAUGCUGUUACGCCGCUGAACGAAGAAUGUGGACUCAUUGAAUGGGUGGACAACCUCAGGACCCUGAGAGACCUAGUCAUUAAGUUGCUGCGAGAAAGAGGUAUCGCGCCAAAUUACAACGAGAUCAGACACUAUCUGAAUGAAGCAUGUUCCGAAAGCACGAAGCUUCCUCUUUUCAAAGCUGAAAUUUUAUCGAGGUUUCCACCGGUCUUACAUGAGUGGUUUGUAGAGAUGUUUCCAGAAUCAGUGGCGUGGUUUGCAGCAAGGCUUCGCUACACUCGAUCCUGUGCUGUCAUGUCCAUGGUUGGAUACGUUUUAGGACUUGGAGACCGUCACGGUGAAAAUAUCUUGUUUGAAGAAGGAACAGGUGGUAUCAUCCAUGUUGAUUUCAAUUGUCUGUUCGACAAGGGAUUGACAUUUGACAAACCUGAGCUGGUCCCCUUUCGUUUAACCCAAAAUAUGAUCGAUGCGUUCGGAGCUUAUGGCUAUAACGGCCCGUUCCGAAAGACUUGCGAGAUAAGCCUCGGCCUCUUACGACAGAAUGAGGAUGCGCUCAUGACAGUACUCGAGACCUUUUUACAUGAUCCAACCGCUGAUUUUAUCGGGAAAAAGCGUCGCACCCAUGUGAGGGUCCCGGACUCUCCUUCUGGCGUUCUGGAAAAUGUUCGGAAUAAGCUGCGUGGUCUACUGCCCGGGGAAUCCGUUCCGUUGUCGGUAGAUGGCCAUGUCGAUGAGCUUAUUACGGAGGCCACAGACGAGAGCAACCUCGCCGCGAUGUAUAUCGGGUGGUGUGCAUUCUUCUAA